AUGUUCGCCACCUGGCCUCUACCACGGACGCUUAUUCUCGCGCUGGCCGCCGCGUCGUACGCCAAUGCAUUACACUUAUACUUGGACGCGGGGGAGACGCGGUGUUUUAUUGAGGAAUUGCCGAAUGAGACGGUUGUGGAGGGACACUACCGCGCGCUGGAGUGGAACGAAAAGGACCAGGUGUAUGCUAUCAACCCAGAACUGGGUAUACUGACAGAAAUAACGGAAAUGGACACCGGCCACGUCGUCACCUCCACCCGGGGCCCGCCCGACAGCCGCUGGACAUUCACAUCGCACGACUCGGGCGACCACUCCAUAUGCAUGUCCACCAACUACUCGUCGUCCUGGUUCGGCCCCACCGCCCACAUCCGCCUCUACCUCGACAUCGUCGUCGGCAACACCCGGCCCGACAUCGAGCACGACCGCGGGCACAUUUCUGAACUUGCGAGCAAGAUCAGGGAUCUGAAUCUGAAGCUGGAGGAUAUUAGAAGGGAGCAGCAGUAUCAGCGCGAGCGCGAGGCGGAUUUUAGGAAUCUGAGCGAGUUGUUGAAUGGGAGGGCGGUGUGGUAUUCGCUCGCGCAGAUCGCGGUGUUGGUGGUGACGUGUGCUUGGCAACUGCGCCAUUUGAGGAAUUUCUUCGAGGAUAAGCGGAACCACUGA